CAGGCAACAUGGUCUCCCCUGUAAGUUAUCAUGUCUGUGAACGGACAGUGACUCAAAACGUCUCCAAAGUGGUCCCUUUCCAGAAGCCACGUGUUGAGAAAUCCCUGUGUAUGGGAUGGAUUCCAUGGAAGUUGUGUUCCAAGACUUAUUAUGUGACAGAGUAAUCGGACAAUAUGGGUGCCUGACACCAUGACCAUUAAUGAUUGCUGCGAAGGGUACGAGCUUGUGGGCCAUUAUUGCGCCAUGUCUCCAAAAAGUCCGAAGUUUAAUCACCUCCAGGCCCGGUGUCUGCCCUGCCGAAAUAGAUGAGGGGCUAAUAUGUCCCGAGUGCACAGCGAUUAUGACUGUUCUGGAUUCCUGAAAUGUUGUGAGAGACUUCCACUGGAUCUUUUUGCAUGUCUCCUGAACCUCCAGCUCUGGAUCGGAACACAAUCAAAUUUUGGUACAAUGGAACCAUCACUAUAAAAAUGAAAUAUUUUGAACUGGUACAGCUGGACCCGGGCUAUGCUAAUCACACGAGGCUACUGCAUGCAAUGGUCACUGGAGAAUUGUGGCCGAUGGAAGCAGUCGUGUACCAUAUCUCCACUCAGCCUUCCGGGCCCGUCACCAUCGUAUCUUGCAUUCUUAUUGGAAUAAAUGAGUCAGUACGGCUGCAGGACAUUGCAACAUCAUUCAGCAAUAUUGCGAUUCGCUUACCAGAAGUGAUUAAUGUUCAGAUAGACGAUCUGGAUGAAUGUCUCCACCGUGAGCUUGGUGCUUGCCCACCAUUCCAUGAUUGUAACAAUACAGAGGGUUCCUACAACUGCAAGCUAAACUCUGCCCAUCCUACUCCACCGGGACCAGGUAUCCAUGUUGGGCCAAGUCUGUCCCCUCCCAAUGGAUCUACGAACCACCAUGCUGUGUUGCCUCCUAGCACUCCUCCCUGUUACUGCUCCACCUUUCUCAAUCACAGCGUCAGUAAUGUAACUACCAGCGGAUUUCACAUUAAGUGGAGUGCUGACUGUCCUGACAACCACAUUUAUAACAUACAGAUAACAUCUUCAAAGGGAAUUCACAGGAGUGACAACGUAUCCGGAACAUCUCUGAAUAUAAGUGGACUGAAUUAUGGGGAACUCUACACUGUGCUGGUCACACUCCACACCUGUUCCGGAGAGACACAGUCAUGGGAAGAGAAGGUGAAAACAGAUGGACAAAUACUGAACGGAACUCUGAAGAUCCAAAACUGGAACCUCACGGAAAACCUGCAGGAUCCGACUUCUCCAGAUUAUGCUAAGUUUGAGAAGACAUUCAUCUCAGAGAUAAAGCAGUCCCUUUCCGGUGACAUCCCCCAGAGCAGAUAUCGGUGCAGAUCCUGUCCCUGAGUCCCGGGAGUAUUGUUGCCAAUUUCCUAAUUGUCAUCAAUGGCACACAGAAUUAUAUCAAUGUCACCUUGUCCUCCUUGUCCGCCAUCAACGAAAGCUCCGUGUUUAAGGUCGAUCCGAAGUCUGUUAAAAUCGCAGAUUUCAACGAAUGCCAGUCUCCUCUGGAUAAUGACUGCAACAUCCAUGCAGACUGUAUAGAUCUACAGACUACAUUCACCUGCGAGUGCCAUCUGACGUACAUCGACCAAGACCCCAGCAGACCUGGAAGGAAAUGUGAAGGUCCGGUCAUAGGCAAUUUAUCGAUAGCAUCCAUGGCAAGCACAGAAAUCGCUGGUGGAACAUAUUCUACAAUCUCUAUAGAUACUUCCCCUCCAACCACCUCCUCAACUGCAGAACAUAUCACAAAGGUCACCACACAACCUGCCAUUGAGCUGCCUCAACCGACUCCUCCAACAAAUCAUGUGACAUCCCCCGUUUCUGCCCCCAAAAUUCCCACAAAUGGACAGAUUGUAUCAAGCACACCAACAGCAGUCAAUACACAGCCAGCUCCACCUGAAACAAGGAACACGGUGUCUCCGAAUCCGACAAUCUCAGCAAAAGAUCCAAAGGUGACAACGACACACACCAGUAACACAGAGUCUACCCACUUGAGCACUAUCAGGGAUCAACAUUUGAUGGAGGUGAAUGCAACAACAUAUCGGGAUCAAAUUGCAGUUCAUUCAACCGCCGGUGAUAAGGGGAGCACCACGUUUAUCUCAACCGUGCACCCAAAGACUGAUCCAAUGAUGAGUUCCUCCACCGCCAAUAAGGGAUUCAUCACCAUGACCUCCAUGACCUCCCCAACUGCCAAACUCACCACAGCCCAGGAAAAUGUGUGCUCCUUCUCUCUCAUGUCUAAUAAUCCAAAUAUUGAAUCUACCAGUACUUCACUCCUGACCCUUCAGAGUACAACUACACAGCAUGCCCCUAGCCUGACUCUAAAAGAUGCCAGCAAAGUGAUUUGUGAGACGGGGAGGAUCGGUAUCUCCAUUGAGAAGGCCUUUCUGAAAAUGAUGUCUAUCUCCAGCCAUUCUUUGUUUCUUGGAAGCCCUGAGUGCUCUGUGAACUGCAGCACAGAUACCCACAUCCUCAUAACCGCUGGAUGGAAUGACUGCAACACGGAUGUGUUUAAUAAUAAGACUCACAUUGUGGUAAACUCAACCCUGUAUAUUGAUUUAUCUGCAACAAUGCCAAACAUCACUCCAAGGGCAGUCAGCCUUAUCCGCUGCAUCUUCCAGAAUAGCAUCCUGUGGUCCAGUGGAUACAAUCCUGCUGGAGGGUUUUACACCAUCAUCGAGAAGCUAGAAGGCGGAGGAUCAUUCUUUCCAGAAUUCCAGCUAUUCAUUGGCGAUCAGCCCAUCCCGACAAACUUCACACUUUCCGCCACAGAUGACAUAACGGUCCGAAUAUGGAUCAGGACAGAGGAGGACCAGUUCAAAGUUGUCAUCAACGAAUGCUGGGCAACACCAACAGAAAAUGCCUAUGGUCCUGUGUCGUUCCCCUUCAUCAAAGACAGCUGUGCUUUGGCGAACACCUUCACCACCAUCCAGACGAACGGCGUCUCCAGCAAUGCUACCUUCCAAACAAAGAUCUUCUCCUUUGUCAACAAUCCUAUCGUAUACCUGCACUGCCGGCUGUCUGUGUGUCGGGAGGUGAUACCUAACACCUGCAAACCGUCUUGUAGCAGUUCCCGAGCGUCCGUGAGGAGCGGUGAAAAUGUCUUCACAGGAGUCACUCGGAUGGGACCUCUGCAUUUGAACAGCCGAAGCAGUGAAGCAGGCACGUCAGCUAAUGCCACACUCGGCCCCGGUUAUAUCAUUCUCAUUGCCAUUGGUGUCCUUGCUGUGGUCGCCAUUAUCAUCGCCGCCCUGGUCUGCUGGCAUCAACGAAGAACUGGCAACUACAACUUCAGGAUGAAGACCCGGGAUGUCGGCUACCAAGUGUUUUCCAACUAG